CGGUGACAUUCCAGGAUGUAGCUGUGGACUUCACCCAGGAGGAGUGGGGCCUCUUGGACCAUUCUCAGAAGGAGCUGUACAAGGAGGUCAUGCUGGAGAAUGCCCGGAACCUGCUGUCCCUGGGACUUCCAGUUCCCAGGGAAGGUGUGAGCUCCCAUUUUGGACAAGGGGAAGCACCGUGGAUGCUGGAGCUAGAAGACCCCAGAACCUCCCGUUCAGAUAAAGAGAUCAGGCUUGGAAUGAGGGGGAGUACUGCAAAGCCGAGUAUUUUUGUGGAACAGUCACAACAGCAAAGAUUUGUGAAUCACAGUCACUGUGACCUCAAUUUGAGAGAAACGCGUGACUCUGAUAUCAAGAUCAAGAAAAAACAGAAGAGUCACUUUGAAUUUUGUAAAGAUGGAAAGAGUUUCAGACAAUGUUCAGUCCUAAUUCACCGUAAGAAAAUGACCUCAGGGAAUGAUUGUUCUCAGCAUAGUGAAUGUAGAGAAUGCUUUACUGGACAGGUAGAGCUUCUGGAGUCUCGUGAAAAGCCUGCUGAAGUGCAAACUUUUCAAUGUCAUAAAUGCGAGAUGGCCUUCAGCUUGAAUUCAGACCUAAUUGGACAUCAGAAAAGUCAUAGUGGAAACUUACUUUUUAUGGGUAAUGAAAGUGAAAAGCGUUUCUGUUAUAAUUCAAAGCUCAUUGACCAAGAGAAAAUUGACAGUGGAAAGAAACAUGGAUCGAAUGAAUGUGGCAAAGCCUUUAAGCAACAAUCAUCUCUUCUUCAACAUCAGAAAUUUCAUACUAGUGAAAAACUACAUAAAUGUGUGGAAUGUGGAAAAGCCUUCAAGAGACAGUCAUUCCUUAUUUCCCACCAGAGAAUUCAUACUAGAGAGAAAUCUCAUGAAUGUCAUGAAUUUGGUAAAGCUUUCAAUGAAAAUACGUCCCUAAUUUCCCAUCAGGGAAUCCACACUGGAGAAAAACCUUUUGCAUGUAAUCAGUGUGGAAAGACUUUCACAAACAAAUCCAAUCUUGUUCUGCAUCAGAGAAUCCACACUGGAGAGAAACCUUAUGAGUGUCAUCAUUGUGGAAAGACUUUCAGAUGCAGUUCUAGUCUUGUUAAACAUCAGAGAAUCCACACUGGAGGGAAAUCUCAUGAGUGUAAUCAAUGUGGAAGGAAUUUCAGACAGAUCUGUAGUCUUGCUGAACAUCAGAGAAUCCACACUGGAGAGAAGCUUUAUGAAUGUCAUCAGUGUGGAAAGACUUUCACAAAUGCAUCCAAUCUUGCUCUGCAUCAGAGAAUCCACACGGGAGAGAAACCUUAUGAGUGUAAUCAGUGUGGAAAGACUUUCAGAUUCAGCUCCAGUGUUGCUGUACAUCAGAGAAUCCACACUGGAGAGAAACCUUAUGGAUGUAAUCAAUGUGGAAAGACUUUCAGAUGCAGCUCCAGUCUUGUUUUACAUCAGAGAAUCCACACUGGAGAAAAACCUUAUGAAUGUAAUCAGUGUGGAAAGAAUUUCAGACAGAGUGUCAGUCUCGCUCUACAUCAGAGAAUCCACACUGGAGAGAAACCUUAUGAAUGUAAUCAAUGUGGAAAGGCUUUUAGGCACCGCUCUAGUCUUGUUAAUCAUCAGAGGAUCCACACUGGAGAGAGACCUUAUGAAUGUAAUCAAUGUGGGAAGAGUUUCAGAGAGAGCUCUGAUCUUGCUGAACAUAAGAGAAUCCACACUGGAGAGAAACCUUAUGAAUGUAAUCAGUGUGGAAAGGCUUUCAGAGGGAGCUCUAAUCUUGCUCAACAUAAGAGAAUCCACACUGGAGAAAAACCUUAUGAGUGUAAUCAAUGUGGAAGGACUUUCAGAUUCAACUUCAAACUUGCUCUACAUCAGAGAAUCCAUACAGGAGAGAAACCUUAUGAGUGUAAUCAAUGUGGUAAAACCUUCAGGCAACAGUCAUCCCUUAAUUCCCAUCAAAGAAUUCAUAGUAGGUAGAAAUCUUAUCAUUGUAAUGAAUGAGAUAAUUCAAAUGGAGUAUAAAGCUCAUUGUUCAGUCAUUUUUCAGUUGUGUUUGACUUUUCAUGACCCC